AUGUGUGAAGGCUCCCGUGAUGUUGCAGCUUCCUCAGUAAGUAUCUCUCCGUCUUCUCCUUGCUUAUUUUGGUCCAUCACCGGUGUGGCUAUCGGACCGUGUAAAAGAGUGGAGUCUGCUUGUUGUGAACUGACAGCAAAUGAGUAUCAAGAGUGGUCUUUGAUGUUCAAAGAGGCUAAUAGCACAUUAGUUGAUAGAGAGUGGAGGAUUGCUGAGGUUUGCCAAAGAUUGGAACAUGAUUUUGAGGUUCUUGGAGUUACCGCGAUAGAGAAUCGUCUACAGGAUGGUGUACCUGAAACAAUUGAGAAAAUCAGGAAAGCAGGAAUUAAUUUUUGGAUGCUGACUGGAGACAAGCAGAAUACUGCCAUACAGAUUGCACUUUCAUGCAAUUUUAUUUCCCCGGAGCCAAAUGGUCAGCUUCUUCUAAUUGAUGGAAAAGCUCAAAACGAAGUUUGUAGAAGUUUAGGGAGAGUUUUGCUUACAAUGAGGAUAACAUCUUCAGAACCAAAGGAUGUGGCAUUUGUUGUUGAUGGAUGGGCUCUUGAAAUUGCACUUAAGCAUUAUAGGAAAGCCUUUACAGAAUUAGCUAUUUUGUCAAGGACUGCUAUAUGCUGUCGUGUUACACCAUCCCAAAAAGCACAGCUUGUCGAACUCUUGAAAUCAUGUGAUUAUAGAACAUUGGCUAUUGGGGAUGGUGGAAAUGAUGUGAGAAUGAUACAACAAGCUGAUAUCGGUGUUGGCAUUAGUGGAAGAGAAGGGCUGCAGACUGCAAGGGCAUCUGAUUAUAGUAUUGGAAAGUUCAGGUUUCUCAAAAGAUUGAUACUUGUUCACGGUCGUUAUUCCUACAAUCGCACAGCAUUUCUGUCCCAGUAUUCCUUCUAUAAACCACUAGUUAUAUGUUUCAUCCAAAUUAUUUUCUCUUUUAUUUCAGGAAUUUCUGGAACUAGUCUUUUCAAUUCUGUCAGCUUGAUGGCUUCUAAUGUUUUCUGCACUAGUGUUCCUGUUCUGGUCAGUGUCCUUGACAAAGAUCUAAGUGAAGUAACAGUUAUGCAGCAUCCACAAAUUUUAUUUUACUGCCAGACGGGAAGGCUUCUGAAUCCAAGUACAUUUUCUGGAUGGUUUGGUCGAUCUCUGUUCCACGCAAUUGUUGUGUUUGUGAUCACCAUACAUGCGUAUGCCUACGAGAAAAGUGAAAUGGAAGAACUUUCUGUGGUAGCACUCUCGAGAUGUAUAUGGCUGCAGGCUUUCGUUGUGGCAUUGGAGACAAAUUCCUUCACAAUAUUGCAACUUCUUGCCAUAUGGGGGAAUUUUGUUGCUUUCUAUGUAAUCAAUUGGAUUUUCAGCACAUUUCCUGCUUCAGGGACAUUCACGAUUAUGUCGACAACCAUCUUAUUGGAUAACUAUGCUUCUCAUCAUUGCAGCCGGAAUGGGUCCGGUUAUAGCCCUGAAAUACUUCCGGUACACAUACAGACCGAGUAAAAUCAACACACUUCAGCAAGCCGAAUGAACGGGAGGGCCGAU